AUGGAGCCUGGCUCGCUGGUAGCAGCUGGAGGGGGUCAGCCCAACAGAGGCCCCUACUCCAGGGUCCUGUGCAGGAACUUUGCCCGUGGAGCCUGCAGAUGGGGUCAGAAUUGCCGUUUCUCACACGACCGGAAGUCAGCCCAGAUCUGCAGGUAUUUCCAGAAUGGGUUCUGCGGCUACGGAGACCGCUGCAGCUACCAGCACAUCCAAGACCCUCCAGCCCCUGCUUGGAGCAGAUGCGGCUCACAGCCUGCCUUAUCGCUGAGCCGUCGGGGCUCGGAGCCAGCCGUCCGGCCAGAAGCAGCAGCUGGGAGCUGGGGAGGAGCCAGGCGUGGCUCGGAGCCCUCUGUCCCUAGUGUGACACAGCUGCAACUGAACUUCAGGCAGCUGAGCACAGAGUUUGAGGAGGAAGAGGAAGAUAAAGAGACCGUCCCCACGUAUCCCCCAAACGGGGCCGUCAGCAGAGAGUUUGUCCCCAGGCAGGCCCCGCGUGGAUCAGGGUCCCGACCAUGGGAUCUGGGAUUGCAGAGAACUUCCCUGGCACCAGAGGCUGCAUCUAACAAGGCAAUUGUCCCAGCACCUCGAACCCUAGAGGCAGCUGGUGGGCUGGGCGCAGCUGCUGCUUUGGUGGGGGAGUUGCGGAGCGAGGACGUGGUGUGCGGCAUCUGUAUGGACAAGGUCUAUGAGAAGACCUUACCCGAGGAGCGCGUGUUUGGCAUCCUCCCCAACUGCAGCCACGCCUACUGCGUCGGCUGCAUCCGCAAGUGGCGCAAGAGCCGGGAGUUCCAGAACGCGGUGAUCAAGGCCUGCCCCGAGUGCCGGGUCACGUCCAGCUACUUCAUCCCCCACAAAUACUGGGUCUCGGACAGGGACGAAAAGGAGAAGCUGAUAGAAACCUUCAAGGCGCGGACAGGGAAAAUAAAAUGCAAGUUCUUUGCCCGCGGCCGUGGCCGCUGUCCCUUUAAAUCGGAGUGCAUCUACCUUCAUGAGCUCCCGGCCAGGGUGCGGCCCCCUCGACAGAGACCUCCAUGCAGGACAGGCCCUGUGGCAUUCAAUCCCUCUCCCUCUGAGAGCUCCGAGGAGGAGGACGAUGAUGUGUGCUUGUUCCAAUGGGCUCUCACCUUUGCGCUGCUGCGGGGGGACAUCGAUGAUCCAGACUACUGCCAUGAGAUUUUCCUCUUGGAUUCCAGUGACUCAGACUAGAAAUUCCACUGGGCCGGGCCUGGCUCGAUGGAGUUGGGGUCACUCCGUGGCUUGUGAACCUAUAUCUUUUGGGUGGGGGGAGAUGGGGAAAAGAAAAUUGACUUCUUUUAAUCUGUCUAGUUGUGUGUCUGGCAGGACUCCUAGUGAUCCGAAACCUCUCUGCACAAGCUGGGGGAAC